AUUCCGUGCCACUGCCACAGUCGAUCACUGAUCAACUCAUCUUAAUUUCUUCAUAAAAAUCACAAGAAAUAUUAUAUAUAUAUUGAUUCAUCAUUCAUCCUCUGGUCUUCACUCUUCAGCAGAGAGAGAGAUAGAUAGAUAUAUACUAGCUACAAACAAUAUUGAUCAUCAUCAUGAGUGACUUCAUCAUGACAAGAUCAUCCCAGGCCAUGGUGCUCCCCAGCAAGCCAACGCCCAACGGCGACCUCCCUCUCUCCCUCGUAGACAAAGCACUGUACAUGAGAAGCAUGAUGGAGCUGUUCCAAGUGUUCCACACCGGCCAUCACCCAGCAAAGCUCAUAAGGCAAGCUCUGGCCAUGGCACUCGUACCUUACUACCCAGUCGCUGGCCGCCUCGCUGAGAAUCAUGUUGCAUGCACCGGCGAAGGGGUUUUGUUCUCAGAAGCCACUGCUAACUGCUCCUUAAAGGACCUCAGUAUUGACUUAUCCCAACCCUUUUUAAUCCCCGUCAAUGACCUCCUUCCUAUCAUUGAUGCUCCACAAGAUCUCAUACUCAUGAUCCAGGUUACAGAGUUCACUUGUGGGGGAUUUGUGGUUUGCUUUGGCUACAACCAUGCGGUCUUUGAUGGUUUUGGAAUAAUGAACUUCUUCAGAGCAGUGGGAGAGAUAGCAAGAGGCUUAGAAAAGCCAGUGAUUGAGCCAAUCUGGUGCAGAGAAAUCAUUCCCGGACCACCACCAACAACAAAACCAGCAGCACAACCAUCCUUUUCAUCUGCCAUUCCCAACCUCCACCUUGAAUUUUCCACGUUGGACGUCCAGCUUGACAUAAUGAAGGAGAAAUUCUUGAAAGAGACCGGCAGAACAUGCUCCGAAUUUGAUGUUGCUGUGGCUGCACUAUUGCAGUGCAGGACAAGAGCUAUUAAUCCAGAACACGCAGAAACACUAGAUUUCCAUCUUGUUUGUACUUCUGAUGCAAGACCAUUACUGCAUGAGCUGAUUCCUGGCUAUGAAGGUUACUAUGGUAACUGCACUUCCCACGCACUAGUCACAGCUCCGGCUUCCAAGAUCAUGCAGGCAACAGUGACUGACGUUGUUGGGUGGAUUCUUGAUGCUAAGGAGAGGGUUUCUGAUGAAUUUUGGAAAUGGUUAAGGGGAGAACAUUCAGAUAAGCGCAUUACAAGUGUCUGUAACUAUGAAACCAUUGUGGUGACUGAUAUGGAAAAUUUGGGGAGUAAAGAUGUGAACUAUGGCUGGGGUGCACCUGUUCAAAGUGGGAAGCUGAGUUAUAGUGACCAUAUGGUUUUCUGUAUGGUUGAUGGUUCGCUUAAGAUUGAGGGUGGUGUUAGAAUUACUGGAAGACUUGUUAGAGAGGAGCAUUUGCAGGCUUUCCAUGAUGAGAUGGAUAAAGCUUGUAAUUACUAAUUAGUGUAGUUGGGUGUGUGUUUCUUAUAAUAUUCUCCUGUGCUUAUAUCUCAAGUAACUAAUAAGCAUGCAGACCGGAGAUGUUAAUUUGUUCUGUCAAGUCAUGACAAGUUUUUCUCCCUUCACAUUAA